AUGGUCGCUUUCCCCGUCGUCGGCGCUGGCCCCUACGGCACAAGCCCAAAAUCGGCCCGCUCGAGCACAACCGAAGUACCAAAGAUCGAUGCAGCUCAAAUUGAAAAUAUUUUCCAACAAAUGAACUGCUCCCAAGACCAAGUCUCAGCAAGUUCCUCUAGCCGCUUCGGAUGGUUCUCGCGACAGUACAACAAGAAAUUCCACAGUCGCAAAUCUGUGUCUAAGUAA